AUGGGUAUCAAAGGCCUCACCAGUCUGCUAGUGGAGCAUGCUCCCAAAGCCAUCACAGAGCAUGAGAUCAAGACCCUGUUCGGGCGCAAGGUCGCAGUCGACGCGUCCAUGUCUAUUUACCAAUUCCUCAUCGCGGUGCGGCAAAAGGACGGAGAGAUGUUGACGAACGAUGCGGGCGAGACAACUAGUCACCUCAUGGGAUUCUUCUACCGUACCAUUCGUAUGGUAGAGAACGGGAUCAAACCUCUCUAUGUAUUUGAUGGAAAGCCUCCAGAGCUGAAAGCCGGCGUUUUGUCCAAACGAUUGGCACGCAGGGAAGAGGCAAAGGAGGGGGCGAAGAAGCGAAAGAGACAGGUUCGUACUGCCGAGGACGUCGAUCGCUUCGCGCGGCGGACAGUAAAGGUCACACGCGAACACAACGAGGAGUGCAGGAGGUUGUUGGGACUCAUGGGUAUUCCAAUUGUUAUAGCGCCGUCAGAAGCAGAAGCACAAUGUGCAGAACUGGCUCGUGGCGGAAUAGUGUACGCUGCUGGUUCAGAGGACAUGGACACCCUUACCUUCAGCGCUCCCGUCCUGCUGCGUCAUCUCACCUUCUCCGAGGCGCGGAAAACGCCUAUCAGCGAGAUCAACCUGGACAAGGCUCUCGAAGGGCUCGAGAUGAACAUGUCACAAUUUAUAGAGCUAUGUAUCCUUUUGGGUUGUGACUACCUCGAACCGAUCAAAGGCAUCGGCCCCAAGUCCGCGUUGAAGCUGAUCAGAGAGCAUGGCAACCUAGGAGCUGUCAUCGAGCAUCUGAAAGAGAAAACAGCUGCAAAGGAAGAUACCGCAAAGGACGACGAUGGCAAGAAGAAGAAAGGAGGCAUUGUGAUCCCCGAGGAGUGGCCAUGGGAACAGGCGAAAAAGUUCUUCGAGCACCCAGACGUGACGCCAGCGAAAGACCUCGAGGUUGAGUGGAAGAGCCCAGAUGUGGAGGGGCUUGUGCAAUUCCUGGUGAAUGAGAAGGGGUUCAAUGAGGACCGCGUUCGCAAGGGAGCUGAGAAGUUGUCAAAAUUCUUGAAUGCGAAGCAACAAGGGCGACUCGAUGGGUUCUUCACUGCUAAGCCUAAGACAUCACCUAAGAAGGGCAAGGACGAGGAGAAAGGCAAAAAGGGAACGAAGCGAAAGGCCGACGACAAAGACAAGAAGGUCGCAGGGACAAGCAAGAAGACCAAAACCAAGAAGUAG